GUGUAUACUCGAAACCAGCCGAAUAACCAGAAACCAUGACCGACGGAAAAACAACAGAAUUCUCCCAAAUGGACCUUCCAGCACCGAAGCCCAGCGUGGGUGCUCGGAUUAAAGCCCACCUCAAGAAGUGGUGGUGGGUGCAUGUCAUCAUUAUAGUAGUGGUGGUUUUGGUGGUUGCCCUUCCAGUGAUCUAUGUCGGUUACCCAAAGAUCGCACGAAACGACGUGAACAAAUCAACCCUGAACGUCACGAGCAUGGCCAUCACCGACCCAUCCCCGGGAUCGUUCCACCUGAAGCAGACGCAGGUCAUCGGGUCUAGCAGCGCAUUCAAACCAACAAUAUUUGGCUUCUCGGCUGCCGUAUCGUUGCUCGGGGCUGUGCCUUGGGGUAACGCCCAGGUGCCGGAUGUUAAGGCUGAGGAUGGAGCGGUUGUGCACAUAGAGGAACAGAUCAAGCUCAGCAAUGAGACUGCGUUUGGGGACUUUGCAAAGGCCGUUUUGCUGAAUGAGGAGUUUGAUAUGAAUAUUUAUGGGGAGCCGAAGUUGCAGGAGGGGGCUUUGCCCAAGGUGGAUGUGACGUACAACAAGACUGUCACUAUCAAGGGCCUGAACAAGUUGAACGGAUUCGACAUUACCGACUUCAAGAUCCUGACCAAAGAUGCAGCCGACGGAACCAACACGGAGGGAACAGUGUAUAUUCCCAACCCGACCGUCAUGGCUCUCACCUUGGGCAACGUUACGAUGGACCUCUCCUCCAACGGCACGCACAUCGGUCAAGCUUUCCUGGACGACCUCAUCCUCAACCCAGGCAACAACACAGUCCCGAUGCGAUCCACCGUCAACAAACUUAAAGUCAUCACCAUGCUUCCGUCGAAUUCGAUGCUCCCCGUGGAUAUCCGCGGCAACUCUAGCGUGUACCAUGGCCGCGACCUGCCGUAUUUCUCCGAGGCAUUGGCGGCGAAUGAGCUCCGUACGACGUUGGAUGUUGGAAAGGGAUUGAUGAAUGGGAUGUAGCAUUGUACUCCGUAAUAAUGGGUAUUUCUUUUGUGUUUUCUAUGAGUCUUUUAAUCGGGGAUGGGAUUAUAUUACGUUUGGGUUUUGGUGUUAAUUAUAUAGAAGGGCUUGGCAGUGGAUAUCAUUGAUAUGCUUAUCUUGGCUGAUAUCAGUUCUCCAAUUGUGCCUGAUUUUGAGAUCUUGGCGCUUUCAAUUGAUUGUUGUAACUCAAUGACUAUGUAUAGUCACUAGAGAACUACAUGGGCUUCCAAAGCAUACAAUUGAAUUGGUCAGACCAUACAAUAUAAUUCUCAAUUAACCAUAUAAUGCACCUCAUAAAAACCGGG